UACGGGGAUUAUUUCAGUCUGAGCUUAUUGGACAACUUUUAAAAAAAGCACCAGCUCUCCACCCCCAUCACACCCUGAUCUUUUUAUAGCCCUGCUUAUCACUCUACGCGAGCUCAUCACACCAGGCAUCGGCCCCAAACCAUGGAAAGCGUUACUAUUAAUCACUGGAUCGGAACCCCGCUACGGAACCAGCUUCUCUUCGAGGGGGUGAAACCGAGGGACAGCGUAGAGGACCACAGCCUUUUCGCCCUUCCCGGUCCUGCUUUUCCAGGUCUGGGUGAAUGUGACGGGACGGCGCUCCGCAAAAAGAGGCAGGGAGCCGAUCUCGGCUUUCAAGUGCUCCUGGACGUGGCGCAGUUCCGCCCCGAGGACAUUCUUAUCCAGGUGUUUGAAGGCUGGCUGCUUGUCAAAGGCCAGCACGGCCGCAGGAUGGACGAGCAUGGCUUUGUUUCUCGCAGCUUCACUCGGCAGUACCGGCUUCCCGAGCACCUUCGGCCAGAAGACUUGAGAGCCAUGCUGUGUCAUGAUGGGAUCCUGGUCGUGGAAACCAAAAGCUGCGGCCCCAGUUCUCCAUGAACACUUGUAGUUACACAUUGGCUGGUAACCGAAUCACAAAGGCUGUGUAUGUAAUGUAGGCCGAACACUUAUGUUUCACACUAGCAGUUAAAAACGGAAAUGUGCGACGGCGAACGAGUUAUAUGUAGCACUUAAUAAACUUUCAUGACUGAG